AUGGGGUCAGCGGGAAGCAGAGGAACGACGAAGCGCUCUGCGGCAGCCAACGCGCUGGUGCAGAACCUCACCAACUCGGCGUGGAUGUACCUGGCGCCGGUGGCGUUCGGGGUGGCGAGGAGCCUCUACAACCAGCACCUCCGGCGGCGGCUGGGCCGGCACGUCCCGUCCGUCGACCCCUUCGUCACCGUCGACGUCGUCGCCAGGCUGGGGGACCCGCACCCCUACCACUCCUACCACGACGAGGAGGCCAAGUCGAGCGACGCCUACGCUGAGGUGCUGGCGUACCUGAGCGCCGCGUGCUCGCGGGAGGCGCGCAAGCUCCGCGCCGAGGGCUACGGCUUGGUGCUCGGCCUCCGCGACGGCCAGGAGGUGGCCGACGAGUUCAAGGGCGUCACCGUGUGGUGGUGCGCGGUGCCGCCGUCCCCGGCCGACGCCAGGAGGCGCUGCCGCCUCACGUUCCACGAGUCCCACCGGAGGCUCGUCGUCGACGAGUACCUGCCCCACGUCCGCCGCACCGGACAGGAGCUCCUCUCCGGCAACCGGCCACGCAGGCUCUACUCCAUCAAGGAGCUCAACUACCACUCGACUCGGGAUGAGGUAUGGAGCUAUGUAGACUUCGACCACCCGGCCACGUUCGAGACCCUGGCCAUGAACCCAGCAAAGAAGCGGAUGGUCAUGGACGACCUGGACGACUUCCGCGACAGCCGGGACUACUACCGCCGCAUCGGCAAGGCGUGGAAGCGCGGCUACCUCCUCUACGGGCCGCCGGGCACAGGCAAGUUCUCCAUGGUCGCCGCCAUGGCCAACCACCUCAACUACGACGUCUACGACGUCGAUCUCGCCUCCGUGCACACCAACGGCGACCUCCGCAAGCUCUUCGCCGAGACCACGCGAAGGUCCAUCGUCGUCAUCGAGGACAUCGAUCGCUCCCUCGACCACGCCACAACGGAGUCGCAGAGGGAGACCAAGUCCAGUGCGCGCCCAUACCCGCACUCGACAUGCCCGGCUCGUACGCCGUGGCUUAUUCGCCCUUCACUAGUGACGCUGCCGGGCCUGCUCAGCUUCAUGGACGGGCUGUGGUCGGCGCACGGCGGCGAGCGGAUCAUCGUGGUCACCACCAACUGGUCCCGCGCGCUCGACGAUCCGGCGCUGGCCCGGCGGGGGAGGAUGGACGUGCACAUCGAGAUGAGCUACUGCGAGUUUGGGGCGUUCAUGACGCUCGCCAAGAACUACCUCGGCGUGGACGCGCACCCUCUCUUCUACGCCGUGGAGGAGCUGCUGCGGGUGGCGGACAUGACGCCCGCGGACGUCGCCGAGUGCCUGAUGUCGCGCUCCGAGCGCGCCGCCCGCGGCGAUGCCGAUGCAUGCCUCGCGCGCUUGGUUGACGAGCUCAAGAGGAAGGCCGUCGUGGGGAAGACGGCGGUCAAGGAGAAACUUGUAUUGUUACCGGGAAAGGAGGAGAGUGAGAAUCAGGCGUCUGUGACAGGAAAAGGCGGGGAAGCCACGGCCGACGGAAAAACUAGCUAG